CCUCUGGAAACCCUUUUGACGCAAAAUACUCGCUCCUCGUUCCCCCUCUACGCACUCUCGUUUCGCGCCCCACCGAGAUCCGCUAACAAACCCUAACCCAAACGAAGAAGUAGAGAGAGAAAGGAGGAACAGGAUCAGAGAUUCUCUCUUUCUCUCUCGCUUCAACCUCGAUCUUCACACAUCUUGAUUCUUGAUUCUGUAUUUUUGGCUUGUUUCGUUAGGGUUUUGACAUCGAUCUACAAUGGCGGCUCCGGCAGCAGCAGCAGCAGCGGCACCUGUAUCUGCUCAAGUUGUUGGGAAUGCUUUUGUUGUGCAGUAUUAUCAUAUACUGCACCAGUCACCUGGGUUAGUUCAUCGAUUCUAUCAGGAUGUCAGCAAACUUGGUCGUCCCGAGGAAGAUGGUUCCAUGAGCAUAACUACCACCAUGGAUGCAAUUGAUGCUAAAAUAUUGUCCCUCAACUAUGGCGACUUCAGGGCUGAGAUUAGAUCUGUUGAUGCACAAGAAUCAUUAAACGGCGGAGUCAAUGUUCUAGUCACUGGAUAUUUGACUGGAAAGGAUAAUGUUCAACGGAAUUUUACUCAAUCUUUCUUCCUUGCACCUCAAGACAAAGGCUUCUUUGUGUUAAAUGACAUGUUCCGUUAUAUGGAGAAUGCUAAUCAUCCUGAAGGAGACAAUCCUCCCACUGAGGAUGAGGCGACUCCUGUUACUCCUGAGCAAGUACCUGAAAUUGUUCCAGUGCCGGAGAAUGAUAUUCCCGAGCAAGCUGCUGUAUUGACAGAGGAAUCUAAAGCAGAAGAGGUUGUUCCCAUGGAGAAUGGAGAAGAACCCACUGUAGAGGAGGAAGAGCCUGUUCCUGAGGUCGUGGAUGAAGUGCCGGAGAUAUCACAGCUGGCUGUUGAAUCCAACACCAAAAUUGAGGGAGUGGCAAAGAAGUCAUAUGCAUCUAUUGUAAUGGAUCUGAAGCAGAAUGGUGUGCCUUUCUCAUCUCCAGCACCUUCCCUCAAGAAACCUCAACCAAGGAACCAGGAACAAAAUUUGGUUAAUGCUCUCACAACUACCAUAGCUGCAGAAGCAGUCACUUCCAAUGCGGAUGCUGUUGAAAAUGGUAUCCACGAGGAAGAAGCUGAAGGUUACUCCGUCUAUAUCAAGGGUCUCGCAAUGAAUGCUACACCUGCAAUGCUGGAGGAGGAAUUCAAAAAGUUUGGACCUAUUAAAUUGAAUGGUAUUCAAGUUCGAAGCAAUAGGCAGCAACAGGGAUUUUGUUUUGGUUUUGUUGAAUUCGAGGUGGCUGAUGCAGUUCAAAAGGCGAUUGAGGCUUCACCAGUCAUUGUUGGUGGACGUGCUGCUGUUGUUGAAGAGAAGCGGUCUACAAACUCCAAAGGAGGAAACCGGGGAAGGUUUGUAGUCGGAAGGGGAUCUGGAUUCAGGAACGAAGCCAUGAGAGGAGGUCGUGGAAACUAUGGUGGUGGCCGGGGUUACAAUCGGGUUGGUGAUUUUGGUGGCAGCAGGAAUGAUUAUGGUUACAGAGGCGGCAGUCGUGGAGGAGCAGCUUCAAACCGUGGCGGCGAUGGAUUUCACCGAGACAACAACGGUGGUGGCGGGCGUGUCAACCGUGGAUUGGAUGUUAACGGAAGUGCCAGAAAUAUGGCACAGUGAGUUUCUGCUUGUGCUUCAUAUCAGAAGACAGGCUCAAGAGUUGAUAAGAAGAGUGUGGCUGGCUUUUGGUUUCACAUUCUAAAAUUUCAGUGGGUGAUGAUAGAGACCAAUAGAAAGAGGUUUGUUUUUUCUUUAGUUGGUUUUAUUAUUGGUAGUAGUAGUAGUAGUAGUGGUGGUGGUGGUAGUAGUAGAAUAGCAGCUGUUAGUUGCAAAUUGUUUUGGUUCCUUUUUUUGGAGAUUGGGUAUUCGGUCAAAGUGUUUAAUUUUUUGCCAAUUUUUGUCAGGGAGGAAUUUGAUGAAUUAGAUUAUGUUUAUUUUUUUAGGCAUAAACUGCCAAUUGGGAGGAAAUUAUGGAUUU